AUGGAAGCAAUUGCUCGCGUAUACCGGUAUUCCAUGGGCCUAAAUACUACCAUGGGGAGGAAAUCCAAGGGUUUCCCCGCCGAAACAGGGGAGGAAAUCAGCAAUGGGGGUCAAAUGUGUUUGGAUAUUAAUGGCAAAAACAUCAGCUCAGGAUUGAAUUAUGUCCCUGGACCUGACGCUUGUACUGUGUGUCGAUGUGAGGAUGGGAGUCCUGAAUGGUGUCAGGCUGUUCUUUGUUCUCCACCACAAGAUUGCAAGUCCUUUCGAAUUGGCAGCUCUUGCUGUGAAUUUGUCUGUGUGGACAACGCUGUUACCAUUCCAACAGCUGAGAAUGGAAGUGAUUCUGCACUAGAUCUGAGCCUAAGACUUGUUGCCUCUGCUGUUUCCAUCGUCUUUUCUUUGGCACUGGUCUUCUUCCUGUUCCAUCGUCUGAGACAUCGCCGUCAGCGCAAUAUGAUGCAACAGUUCCUGGGACCACAUAAUGGUAGCCUGACUAUGGAGAUGCUGGCUUUCAGCUCAAAUCGUCGUUUCCCUCCAGAGUUCUCCUCUGGGGGUGCAGAGUUCAUUUACAGAGAACCUCCACCCUCAUACUUCUGGAAACCAACUGAUUCCCCUCCACCUUAUAAUGAGGUGGUGAAGAUAGGCACAAUCGAGAUCCCUGGAGCAACAGCGGGAGAAUCGUGUGAUUGUGUUCAUACAAAUGAACCCCCAUGUCUUUCUAUUGGGAGACUGAGAAACCAAGAUCUUCACACUUCCCCUGGGGAUGCUCUACAGCUUCCUGGAAUCAGGGGCCAAUUUUCUGGGGAGUUGCAAGGCUCUGUGCUUGCAGAUUUCAACAUGCGACUGAGCCUGGAUCUAAGUGACACCAGCACCAUUACUGGCAAUUCAGGGUCACCACACCCAUCACCAGUGGGCAGUUCCCUGUCCUCGGAAGACACUCGCAGCCAUCGAUCUCAAUCCCAUCCUGUUUAAGCUCGGAAAUUUGAGACAUAAGCUGGUUUCUGUCUACUGAUUUGAGUGUGGAUUGAAUUUUGAGUGUUUUCCAUUGAAAUCUAUAGCAUAUCCUGCUUUCUUUGGUCAAAUUCUGGCAUAAUGAACCAUAUGGAAAGCCAUAUCAUCUCAGAGUUCAAUCCACAGUACAAAAACUGUAGAUGUAGAUUUCUGAUGACCUACAAGCUUAGGCUUCCUUGUUCUUUUGACUGUGAUGCCAUUGAACAGUGUUGGAGGGAAAAUGUGGAGGGAUGGUUAUUGUGAUUGUUAUGUCUUAAGUAAAUUCCAAGCUGUUACCCUUCCCCCUGCUUACUAUCUGCUGCAUGUUGUAGCCCAGCACUAGACUGACAGGUCUGGAUUGUACAAAUGUGAUAAAGUGACAUUAUAGUUCUCAUUCCCUAGUGGAACUGUGGAUUCUUUCCAAGUUUUUGAUUUUGCUGAAUUUGCCCUCCUUUUUCCAGUGCAAGGUUGUUCAUGAUGAAUGUAUCCUUAUCUGUAUGUG